AUGGCUGUUCCUUCCAAUCCAGAUCGAUAUGCGUCUGGUGGCCACUUGCUUGUCCUUGGAACAGAAAAACCGACUCAGGCACAGACCGUCGGUAUCAAAGCCAUCCGCAAAAAUCUCAUUGAAGAACGCCAACCGGACCGCCUCAUUUGGGAACGUCGCCUACCCAACGGCGUGCUGUCCUUCUGGGAUAUUGGUAUCCCUGAUUCCUUGCACUCAACAUCAGGCGCAUUUGUCUCAAGAUUCUCGCCUACUGCCAACAACAGUAACUUAACGGUCCCCUUGAUGUUGGCGUUCUAG